AUGCUGAUGUGCUUUGCGGAUUCGUUCCUAGCCAAUUUCCUCCUUGGGGAACCUGUUAUUGCUCCAUUUAAGCGACAUGACGACAUUCUUCUGGCGACAAUCGUGUGGUAUUUGGUUUUCUAUGCGCCGUUCGAUGGUAUUUACAAACUUUCUAAAAUUAUGCCUAUCUAUAGUGUACUGUCAGUAAUGAAGGAGGUGAAGCGAGCUUACAAGGUGACUCAUGGAGUAUCCCAUGCCGCGAAGCUCUAUCCAAGCUCUUACAUUGUGCAAGUGCUUGUAGGAACUGCAAAGGGUGCUGGAUCGGGAAUUUUGAGAACGGUCGAGCAGGGUGUGGUCGGCUUCCUAGUGUAUUUCAAGCUUUCUGCAAUCCUUCUUCAUGUUACGGAUCCUUUCGCACCCAUUGAAAAUUUGUUCUGUGCAGUAUUCAUGGGAGGCAUCUGGGAUGCGCUGUCAAGAGCGCUGGCUGCAGCUCGUGAACGACGUGCAGCUGGACAUGUCACUGAGAACGGAACGAUCUCGAGUGGCGAGAAGAAGGAUCAAUAA